AUGUCUCUGUCGAGGACAGUCGCUCCUCGAGCGCUGCGAGCGUCCAAUGUCCUCCCAUACUCUCUCAUUCGCGCCGCCCCCGCCGCUUCGAUCUCCUCGACCUCUUCGAAACCCGCCACCUCGGUUGUUUCGCAGGCUCCCACAGCUGGUGGCGAUGCAUCACGACUCCCGGUCACAGGUGGCAUCCGUCGUGAAGUACCCCUCCCGUCACAAGAGCAGAAGAAAGGAGCGAUGCAAUAUGCCCUCACCACACUGGAUCAGAUCGCCAACUGGGCUCGUCAGGGCUCACUGUGGCCCCUCACCUUUGGUCUGGCGUGCUGCGCCGUCGAAAUGAUGCACCUCUCCACCCCUCGAUACGAUCAGGAUCGUCUCGGAAUCAUCUUUCGCGCGUCGCCCAGACAGAGUGAUGUGAUGAUUGUGGCAGGAACACUCACCAACAAGAUGGCACCGGCGCUGCGACAGGUGUAUGACCAGAUGCCGGAGCCGAGAUGGGUGGUCUCAAUGGGGUCUUGUGCCAACGGUGGAGGUUAUUAUCACUACAGCUACAGUGUGACGAGGGGGUGUGAUCGCAUUGUUCCUGUCGACAUCUACGUGCCGGGCUGCCCGCCGACGAGCGAGGCAUUGAUGUACGGCAUUUUCCAGUUGCAGAAAAAGAUGAGACAUACCCGUAUCACAAGACUGUGGUACAGAAAGUAA